AUGUGCAAAUAUCAUGGCACUCACAGUCAUAGAACGGAAGAUUGUCGACAAUUGAGGGAAGAAGUACACUGUCUAUUCAACAAUGGGAACCUUCGAGAAUUUUUGAGCGAUCGAGCCAAGAACCACUUUAGAAACAGGGUUUCUAACAAAUCGACAGGAGGAGAAAAUACCGAACCUCAACAUGUCAUAAAUAUGAUCAUCAGCGGAGUCGACAUCCCACAAAGGCCAAUGUUGAAACGCACUAGAAACUCCGUCACCAGGGAGAAACGAACUCAAGACUACAUACCUGAAGGAGCCUUAUCCUUUAGCGACGAGGACGCAAAAGGGAUCAUACAACCUCACAAUGACACACUGGUAAUAUUUGUAAUCUUUAAUAAAACUAGGAUCAAACGUGUGUUAAUUGAUCCAGGUAGAUCGGCCAACAUUAUUCAGUCAAAGGUCAUAGAACAGCUCGGUCUACAAGACAGGAUCGUGCCAGCAGUACGGCUCCUAAACAGGUUCAACAUGGCAUGUGAAAUCACCAAAGGGGAGAUAAUGUUACCAAUCAACACCAACGGAAUAGUACGGGAGGCCAAAUUUUAUGUGAACGAAGGGGAUAUGAGCUACAACACUCUUCUCGGAAGGCCAUGGAUCCACCACAUGAGAGCAGUGCCCUCAACUCUUCAUCAAGUGUUAAAAUUCCCAGUCUCAGGGGGGAUCAAGACAAUCUGCAGGGAACAACCAGCUGCAAAAUAA